UUCCCCCCCCCCCCAAAGCUGCCCUAACUUUUUUUUUUUUUGAGGUGCGAGGAAGCAAUUUUUCUGGGUAGUUGGGAUUUAGCAAUGAUUCAGAAACCUAAGCAAUUACUUUUAAGAUUAUAGCUGAUGUCAGGCCGUCUUUGCUGCCUGGACCCUUAAUGGCAUUUUAAAGUUUUAGUUCAAAGGCUAUAAUUUUUUCCCCUGCUAUUUAUGCUUGAAUGUAAACCCUUACUUCUUGUAAAAUUAACGCUGAAAGGAUGUGUUUUCGAAUCACUCUCCCCAUUCCUCUCUAUUUUUUUUUUAACUUGAGAAAAGGAAAAGUACAUAGGACAAAUGAAGACUGGUAGGCCCUUGUGGUCUACAUUUCUAAUCCCCAGCACUGCGGAGGCUGACGAAGGAGGUUUCCAAGUUCCAGGCCAGUUUGAGCUUCAAAGUUGAGACACGUUUUUAGACAGUUGUUAAGUGCCACUGACAACACUGUUCUGACAGUAUUUCAUUACCAUGGAUGGCGACAGUUCUACAACAGAUGCUUCUCAACUUGGGAUUUCUGCCGACUAUAUUGGAGGAAGUCACUAUGUUAUUCAGCCUCAUGACGAUACUGAGGACAGCAUGAAUGAUCAUGAAGAUACCAAUGGUUCAAAAGAAAGUUUCAGAGAACAAGAUAUCUAUCUUCCCAUUGCAAAUGUGGCUAGGAUAAUGAAAAAUGCCAUACCUCAAACAGGAAAGAUUGCAAAAGAUGCCAAAGAAUGUGUUCAAGAAUGUGUAAGUGAAUUCAUCAGCUUUAUAACAUCGGAAGCAAGUGAAAGAUGCCAUCAAGAGAAGCGGAAGACAAUCAAUGGGGAAGAUAUUCUUUUUGCCAUGUCCACUUUAGGCUUCGACAGUUAUGUGGAGCCUCUGAAAUUGUACCUUCAGAAAUUCAGGGAGGCUAUGAAAGGAGAGAAGGGCAUUGGAGGAGCAGUUACAGCCACAGAUGGACUAAGUGAGGAGCUCACCGAGGAGGCAUUUACUAACCAGUUGCCAGCUGGCUUAAUAACUGCAGAUGGUCAGCAACAGAAUGUCAUGGUUUACACAACGUCUUAUCAACAGAUCUCUGGAGUUCAACAAAUUCAGUUUUCCUGAUCUGAAGAUAUGGUGGAGUAGGUACAUAGUGGAGCGAGUGUACAGUUCUGGAACAGAGGCAGUAGAGGGCGAUGACUGUGAAAAGAUGUCUCUUUGUACAUUAAGUAGCUGUAAUGUAGCUUCCUGAUGCUUGAGUAAUUGAGGUGUUAAUUCUGACUUGAGAAUCUUUUUCAUGAAUAAUUUUAAAGAAAAAUUUGGAUUUUAAAGGUAUUAAAAUAUUUUUGUUUUGUACGAGAGUUUGUUGCUCUGUAUGACGCCUGUAUGCAUUGUAUAUUGCAAUUUAUUACUGUCAGAGAUUUGUAGACAGUUUCUUAUUUUCAUAUUGAAUCAUGUUAUUUUGUAAUUCAAGUAAGCAGCUGGGUUAAUUCAUGAUGUUUGCCCUUUUAAUAAAAAUAGAAGGGUAGAGCUCAUUUUGAAUGCAAGUUGCCUUUCUUAUAAAUUUGAGUUUGUCUUGGCCAUAUAAUAUCGUGCAUGGUAGCCUAGCUAGAUUUUUAGUAUAUGCUGUAUUUAUUGAGAUUACUUUUUUUU